ACAAGGGUUGAUAUACAGGUUCUGAUCAUGAGUUUAAUGAAGUCUACUCUGGUGUGGGCUGCAUAGAGACACUCAGCAACCAGGAGAGGGCAUCUCAAGUUCUGAAACGAGCACCAGUGAGCACAUAGCCCUCCACCAACAUCAUUCCUGUUGCUAUACAACUGAUUCAUUCUUGAUGCCACGGUCAGUCCACAGCAGACUGCGCCUUUUCCCUCAGCUGUCCACAUCUGAAUCUGGAUACAUCCAACUUGUCGGGUUUGGACCUCAGAUUAUUUAUCUUAAAUGUCUUCACUUGCUCGGUUUCCGGUGUCUUUUGUGCCACUUCACCUAGAUUUAACAAUUGGCGACUCGGUGUUGUAAAAUGUGUCUCAUACCCUCCCCAAAGCACGCGCUCAACACUAGUGUCAUUCUCACCAGGCUACAAGCUUGAGUGCGUCAAUUCAAGGGCUGUGUAAGGUGGCAGUCUGAAAUAAAUAUGCAUUAUCAAGCUGAUGUUGUGCGGUAACGUGGAAAACUAUAGGCAGAGGUUGAUGCGCACCUUUUGGAGCGGCUCACAUCUCCGACAGGUGUGCGGCUCUGUGCGAAGCGGACCUGGCUGCGGCACAAAGUGCGUAUAUUUUACGUACAGACGGGCAUCCUGGGUGCGUGUCCAACUAUUUGGACCAAACGCCGAGUGCGUCUAACAUGUGGACCUGGGACGCAUGCAACAGAGAGCCCUAACCAUGAGGAGGAGCCGACACCGCGCAAAUAUGGGUCUUCUUGUGCUUUUCAGAUGGCUUGUAUUCACAGUGGUGGUGCCCGCCUGGCUGCUUGCUGCUCCAAACAGCAUCCGUGAGCGUUCCUGCCCCCAGAGCUGUAGAUGUGAUGGGAAAAUAAUAUACUGCGAAUCCAAUGCCUUCCGUGACGUGCCAACCAAUGUGUCUGUGGGCACACAGGGCCUCUCCCUGCGUUACAACAGCCUGGUGAACCUCAGAGCCCACCAGUUUGCAGGCCUGAGUCAACUGGUUUGGCUCUACCUUGACCACAAUUACAUCAAUGAUGUGGACGGCCAGGCUUUCCAUGGGAUACGGAGGCUCAAAGAACUGAUCCUCAGCUCAAAUAAGAUCACACUUUUAAAAAACAACUCAUUUCACGAUGUUCCAAAUCUACGCAACCUAGACCUUUCCUACAAUAAACUGCAGGUUCUCCGGCCUAAUCAGUUCAUGGGUUUACGGAAACUACUCAGUUUACACUUGAGGUCAAACUCCUUAAAAACUGUCCCGAUGCGAGUUUUCCUCGACUGUCGCAACCUGGAGUUUCUAGAUAUUGGCUACAACAGGCUACGGAGCCUCACGCGCAACGCCUUCGCAGGACUCCUUAAGCUCAUUGAGCUUCAUCUGGAGCACAACCAGUUCUCCAAGAUCAACUUUGCUCAUUUCCCUCGCCUGACUAACCUGCGGGCGCUCUAUUUGCAAUGGAAUCGUAUCAAACUGCUAACCCAGGGCCUGCCCUGGAUGUGGACCUCCUUGCAAAAGCUGGACCUCUCAGGGAAUGAGCUCCAAGUGUUGGACCCUAGUACAUUUCAAUGCCUUCCUAACCUACAGACUCUUAACCUGGACUCCAACAAGCUGAGCAAUGUGUCUCAGCAGGCAGUGGAGGCCUGGAUCUCCCUCACCACCAUCAGUCUGGCUGGCAAUUUGUGGCACUGUAACCCCAACAUAUGUCCCCUGGUGGCCUGGCUCAAGGCCUUUAAAGGUAACAAGGAGACCACUAUGAUAUGUGCCGGCCCCAAGGAGGCACAAGGAGAGAAAGUGACCGAUGUGGUGGAGGCUUAUAACAUUUGUACAGCGACCCCGGCCCCUGUUUCCUCAACACCAUCGCCCCUUACUUCUUCUUUUCGACCUGAGCUGCUUCCUCUACCUACACAGUCUGUGGUGGAUAAGAAGCUGAUCUGGAACAGGACAGCCUCCCCGUCUCCUUCCGAGGCCUCCCCCACCAUCCCUUUGCCAGACACUGAGUAUGUGUCCUUCCACAAGAUCAUAGCCGGUAGCGUGGCCCUCCUCUUAUCUGUAGCAAUAAUUCUGCUGGUAAUCUAUGUCUCAUGGAGGCGCUAUCCCAGCAGCAUCAAACAGCUUCAGCAGCGCUCGCUGGUUAAAAAGCGUCAGAAAAAGGCCCGGGAGACUGAGCGCUCCCUUAACUCACCACUGCAAGAGUACUAUGUGGACUACAAGCCUUCACACUCAGAGACUAUGGAUGUGCUGGUUAAUGGGACAGGACCUUACACAUACACCAUCUCAGGCUCCAGGGAAUGCGAGGUAUGACCGUUGCCCUCCAAAAAUCCAUUUCCACUGCGAGGCAUGAGAGAUACCGCGGCAGCUGAGUGCUCUGACGUUGUACAGGUGUGAGCAGUCGGUUAUGGAUUACUGCCAUGCCCACCUGUCGCUGCACCUCAACGUGGGCAUGGAGCCCUCAACUCAGGCACUGGGAGGUCCCAGGCAAGCCAAGUACCACCCCGGCCUCGUGGCUACCUUCCCCUCUGAGCCUGCGCUGCCUUGCCCCCAGACCCACUCCCUCCACCAGUGAGCUGUGCCCACUGUG